CCUAUAUCAAUGGCUGAAGGAAACUGGACAAGAGUUAGUGAGUUUAUCCUCAUGAGUUUCUCUUCCCUGCCUAGUGAAAUACAGUCAUUACUCUUCCUGAUAUUUUUAACCACCUACCUGGUCACCCUGCUGGGAAACAGCCUCAUCAUUCUGGUUGCCUUGGCUGACCCCAUGCUGCACAGCCCCAUGUACUUCUUCCUCAGGAACUUGUCUUUCAUAGAGAUUGGCUUCAACCUAGUCAUUGUGCCCAAGAUGCUGGGGACCCUGAUUGCCCAGGACACAACCAUCUCCUUUCUUGGCUGUGCCACUCAGAUGUAUUUCUUCUUCUUCUUUGGGGUUUUUGAAUGUUUCCUCCUGGCCACAAUGGCAUAUGACCGCUAUGUAGCCAUCUUCAAUCCCUUGCACUACCCAGUCAUCAUGAACCCUAAGACAUGGGCAAAACUGGCUGUUGCCUCCUGGUUUCCAGGCAUUCCCAUGGCUACUGUGCAGACCACAUGGCUCUUCAGCUUUCCAUUCUGUGGCACCAAGGUGAAUCACUUCUUCUGUGACAGCCCACCUGUGCUGAGGCUGGUCUGUGCAGACACGGCACUGUUUGAGAUCUAUGCCAUUGUUGGAACCAUUCUGGUCGUCAUGAUACCCUGCUUGCUGAUCCUAUGUUCCUACACUUGCAUCAUUGCUGCCAUCCUCAAGAUUCCAUCAGCUAAAGGGAAGCACAAAGCCUUCUCUACCUGCUCCUCCCACCUCCUUGUUGUCUCCCUUUUCUAUGUAUCUUUAAGCCUCAUCUAUUUCCACCCUAAGUCCAAUAAUUCUCCUGAGAGCAAGAAGGUGCUAUCACUGUCCUACACUGUUAUGACUCCCAUUUUGAACCCCAUAAUUUACAGCCCGAGAAAUAAUGAGGUGAAGAAUGCCCUUGUCCAGACCUUCUACAAGGCCCUAGGCCUUGGAGACUGCAUCCCAUAG